GGCACAAAGUUCAUACAAUUGUGACACGCGGCGCGUUAAGCACGUGGCUCUGACUGAUAACAGAACUCUGUCUGCCUAAAUCAAAUAAAAAUUAAUAAAAAUCAUAUAAAAAUGCCGCGUAGAAACGGCCAUUGCAUUUUUUAAACAAUUUUUUUUUGCAAGUGUCAUGCGUUGCUGCGUAUGUGUGCGUGCCAGUGAUAAGCUUGAUUGACCUCCUGACCCCACUGUCUGUGAUUUUUGUUAGAGUGCCGCGAGAGAAAAGUGCGUGAACGGUCCGGGAAAACUGAGCGAUUAGCUAACGUCUGGCCAUAACCGUUUAGUAGUCGCCAUUUGCCAUUUACCAGCAACCGGAGCAGUGCAUUCAACUCCAUUUGGAUGGCAUCCAAAAGAAGAUACAUGAAUUGUGAUAUGUAAAAGGAGGGUCUUUAAAGGAGUCAAAGCAAACGAACUAGCAUGAAUGUAUAACUAAAUCAAACAAAUAUAUGCACAAUAAACAUUAAAAAAAAGUAAAGUUAAACACUGUUAAACACUUAAAACAAAUAAACUAAUAGCCAAUUCACCUUAACUAGAAUUUACAAAACAAAAAGUUGUGAAGUGAACUUAAAAUCUUACAAAAUAAAAGUCAACUAUAAAGUUAAAUUUAGAAACCCAUUUCAUACAAACAGAUAUAUUAUAAAUCAUUAAGUUUUAAAGAUUUCACUAGUUUGUGAUAUUACACCACGAGAAUAUUAAACUUUUCUCAAAAUAGCUUAUUAGUAAAACGAAAUACCUCUCUUAAAAACGUCAAUACGUGUUCACUAUCAUUAUUAAAAAGAAAAGAAGUAGUGUUUAAAAAAACUAUCAAACGCUUUCGAUCACAUAUAAUUGAAAUAAAUUUAAUAAAAUGAUUGGGUUAUCAAAAAUGAGCUAUAAACAUUAAUGUGGGGUAUUUAAAAUCAAGAACUUAGCGCAAAAAGGCGUCAAACAACCACAGCAAUGAGCAGCAACAAUGGCAACGAGCAUUCGCAACAGCAGCAGCAGCAGGCGACGCCUGGCACAUCAGUUGCAACACCUGCUGCAGCAGCAACAACCACUGCCCAUCCGGAGGCUAGUGCGCCUGGAUCCGGAUCAGGAUCAGGAUCGCAGGCAUCGCGACCUGCAACGGCGCCUGCACGCUCCAGCAGCAGCAGCAACAACAACAAUAAUGCCACCAGCAGCACCAGCUUUUACAGGGUCAACCUGAGCAACACGAACAGCAGCAGCAUCAACAACAACACCACCACCAGCUGCAGCAGCAGCAACAACGCUAAUCAAGCCAGCAACAACAAUCACCAUGAGAGUAGCAACAACACAUUGGUAGUCAACACCAGAAGCACUGCAGCAGCAGGAGGCACUACAGCUGGAGCAACUGCAUCAACAGCCGCCACUAACAACAACCACAUCUAUGUGAAUCCGCACAGCUACGAUAGCAGCACCACCGGCAGCGUGAGUGGUUCCACGGCAGUGAUGCUGCCACUGCCACUGAGUCUCCCGCUCAACCUGCAACAUCAGCCAUCAGCAGCAGGCGCAGCAGCAGGAUCAGCAUCACUCGACUCGCAGCAGCAAAAUGCGUUGGGUGGCAGCAACACGGGCGCCAUCAGUCGCAUUGGAACCAUGACCGGAACUGGCACCUCCACGUCCACAACGCUGAGCACCCUGAACACAUAUCUCUUUCCCUGUGGCGCCGACUCGGCCAGCAGUUGCGAUCUGGACAGUAACUUCAGCCAGAUGCUGGGCGCCGGCAGCGAGGGUGGAGCGAGCAGUUCCCUCAGCCAGACGACGGCGCCGGCGGGUGCGGGAUUGGGAUUGGGCGUGCAGCUGGGGCUGGGCUUCAUUAACAGUCGGCGGCGCAUCAGGCGGCUAUUCGGUGUGGGAGAUAUGGUGCCGCCGGUGGCCACGCCCACACCCUAUGCAGCCGCCCUCAGACGGCGCAGUUCGCAGUUGGUGCAAAUGACCAAGAAGCGGGAGAAGGAACUGGAGGAUCUGGAGCAGCAGCAGAGAAUAGCCACGGUAGCCUCGGCGAAUGCCGCUUUCCUCGAGCGCCGCGAGCAGCAGCAGCAGCAGCAACAGCAGCAACAUCUGCAACAGACGCAGCAGCAGCAACAUCUCCAGUUCGCCUUCAAUCCCCUGCAACCUGAGGCUGGGAAAAAGAAGAAAAAGAAGCCGCCUGGACCGCCGGCCCACACGAGACAGCAAUCGUCGCGAACCAUGGACGAUCCCAUGAUGAAUCGACCCAGGAAGAGCACACCUGCGGCCAGCAAGAAGAAGGACAAGGGACCGGAGAACCCCUAUGAGAAGUCUUUGCCCAAAUUGAGCAGUCAAGACGAAGAAGGGGGGGCUGGUCAUGGCUUUGGUGGCGGACCGCAACACUUUGAACCCAUUCCUCACGAUCAUGAUUUCUGCGAAAGAGUCGUUAUAAAUGUAAGCGGAUUAAGGUUUGAGACACAACUACGUACGUUAAAUCAAUUCCCGGACACGCUGCUUGGGGAUCCAGCUCGGAGAUUACGGUACUUUGACCCGCUUAGAAAUGAAUAUUUUUUUGACCGUAGUCGACCGAGCUUCGAUGCGAUUUUAUACUAUUAUCAGAGUGGUGGCCGACUACGGAGACCGGUCAAUGUCCCUUUAGACGUAUUUAGUGAAGAAAUAAAAUUUUAUGAAUUAGGUGAUCAAGCAAUUAAUAAAUUCAGAGAGGAUGAAGGCUUUAUUAAAGAGGAAGAAAGACCAUUACCGGAUAAUGAGAAGCAGAGAAAAGUCUGGCUGCUCUUCGAGUAUCCAGAAAGUUCGCAAGCCGCCAGAGUUGUAGCCAUAAUUAGUGUAUUUGUUAUAUUGCUAUCAAUUGUUAUAUUUUGUCUAGAAACAUUACCCGAAUUUAAGCAUUACAAGGUGUUCAAUACAACAACAAAUGGCACAAAAAUCGAGGAAGACGAGGUGCCUGACAUCACAGAUCCUUUCUUCCUUAUAGAAACGUUAUGUAUUAUUUGGUUUACAUUUGAACUAACUGUCAGGUUCCUCGCAUGUCCGAACAAAUUAAAUUUCUGCAGGGAUGUCAUGAAUGUUAUCGACAUAAUCGCCAUCAUUCCGUACUUUAUAACACUAGCGACUGUCGUUGCCGAAGAGGAGGAUACGUUAAAUCUUCCAAAAGCGCCAGUCAGUCCACAGGACAAGUCAUCGAAUCAGGCUAUGUCCUUGGCAAUAUUACGAGUGAUACGAUUAGUUCGAGUAUUUCGAAUAUUUAAGUUAUCUAGGCAUUCGAAGGGUUUACAAAUAUUAGGACGAACUCUGAAAGCCUCAAUGCGGGAAUUAGGUUUACUUAUAUUUUUCUUAUUUAUAGGCGUCGUACUCUUCUCAUCGGCGGUUUAUUUUGCGGAAGCUGGAAGCGAAAAUUCCUUCUUCAAGUCCAUACCCGAUGCAUUUUGGUGGGCGGUCGUUACCAUGACCACCGUUGGAUAUGGUGACAUGACACCCGUCGGCGUUUGGGGCAAGAUUGUGGGAUCACUUUGUGCCAUUGCUGGCGUGCUGACCAUCGCACUGCCGGUGCCGGUCAUCGUCAGCAAUUUCAACUACUUCUAUCACCGCGAAACGGAUCAGGAGGAGAUGCAGAGCCAGAACUUUAAUCACGUUACUAGUUGUCCAUAUUUGCCAGGUACAUUAGUAGGUCAACACAUGAAGAAAUCAUCAUUGUCUGAGUCCUCAUCGGAUAUGAUGGAUUUGGACGAUGGUGUCGAGUCCACGCCGGGAUUGACAGAAACGCAUCCUGGACGCAGUGCGGUGGCUCCAUUUUUGGGAGCCCAGCAGCAGCAGCAACAACCGGUAGCAUCCUCACUGUCGAUGUCGAUCGACAAACAGCUGCAGCACCCACUGCAGCAGCUGACGCAGACGCAACUGUACCAACAGCAGCAACAGCAGCAGCAGCAAAACGGCUUCAAGCAGCAGCAGCAACAGACGCAGCAGCAGCUGCAGCAGCAACAGUCCCACACAAUAAACGCAAGUGCAGCAGCGGCGACGAGCGGCAGCAGCAGUAGCGGCCUCACCAUGAGGCACAAUAAUGCCCUGGCCGUUAGUAUCGAGACCGACGUUUGACUACUGGGUAAGUGUUGGAAAACGCCACUCGCUUGCUGCACAGACCCGAACCCCCUACCCAUCACUACCACCACCACCACCAACCCCCAACAACAUCCAUCUUUGUCACACUACCUAUCUAUAUCUUGCUACGGCACACUCACUUCUCUGACCCCAACCCAAACACCACCAACUACCCAACAUCACCGGAACCCGUGCACCCUGACUCGUAGAGCGUAACUAGGUUUAAGUGUUGCAAAAUGCGAAAAGCAAUAUGCAAAAUUCCAAAACGGAUCGUUCGCACUGGCAGCCACAGAUGCGCCACAGCGGAAACAGUUUCUUUUGCUUCAAAGUGAGUGGAAAGAAUUGCACGUUGACACCAAUGUCAAAGCAAUAUUGUCAUGAACUUCUAACAAUUUAAUAAUAGAAAUAUUUAAUUUCAUUCGCAAAUUUAGUCAAUCUUAUGCGUUUUUAAGGAAUCCCAUUAAAAGCUCCCAAUGAAUUAUCGCGAACAAUAUAUAUAUUAACUCCAAAUUUAUUGUUAAGCCCAUAAACUAUUUUCUCUGUGCAGUGCGAACAUCCGAUCAAAUAAAUUGAACUGAAUUGAAUUACGAUUUGAUUAGAACAUAACUUUUUCUCUCUUUUCUCUUCACGUGGCGCGCUCCUCUACCUACGCGAUACACAUGUUUGCCUAUGUUUACGUAUAAACCUAAUCCUAAACCUAAACCUUUGCCUACGUAUCGAUCCCCAUGUAUGUAUUACCAUAUGUUUGAUCUAUAUGUAUAUAUGUAUGACGAAUGAAUCAGUGCAAAAGACGUUGCGUGGUAUAAAUUUGGCCUUGACAGGAGUUACGUUGGAUGCCAGAAACGACUACAAAAGCUGUUUAUAUUUAAUUUAAGUAGAACAAAUAACAAAAACAAAUUUAAUAUAUUGCUAAAUUAAAUUAAAUCUAAAUUAAAACCUAAAUUAAUUUAAUUAAAUUAUACAUUUAAUGAUAAACAACACUAAAACCAAAAAAAAACAAAUCCAAACCAGAGAUAACAAAAGGCAAGAAAUGAACGGUAAGAGAGUACGAAUAAAUCCAAGUAGUAAGGCAUAAACCAAAAGUCCAAGAACUAAUAAACAUUGACAAAUAACACUACAGAACAGAAGGGACAUUAAAGCGACAGCAUAAACAUCGAAGAAGUGAUCGCAGAAUUUAAUCAAAUUUGCAACAACCGAAGCUGAAUAACACCGCGAUCAAGCUGCAAGAGCAAAUGGAAACUGUAAAUAAUGCAAUAAAAUCACAAAGCUCACAAGCCAUUAUUUUAGCCAGUAUAAAACAGUGGAAAGGCUUUGGAACUCCCAUCCAAAGGACGAAAAAUGAAGCCAAGCACAGUGAAGCAAGUCCAUAUUGAGGGAUGUCCCUUUGAAAAGCUGAAAGAAGAGACAGCAAAGCAGAUUUACGAUCUACACAACACUCAGUCACCGAAACAGACACACACACACACGCAUUACUAAAAAGUAUAGAAAAACUGCCGUUAUAUUUAACUGAAAAGUAACAAAGAAGAACCAUAAAACCAAAACCAACAUGUAUAGUCAUCAAGCGAAACGCGAGGCAAUAUCUGCUUUUUAAAUGUGACAGAAAAUACUAUCGUGUAACUUAGACAGCUAGCCAUCUGUAACUGAACUACUGAAUAACUGAACUAACCAACUAAGCAUAUACACACACAUACCUAUAUGUGAUAGAUGUAUUAUGUGUGUAACCUAAUCAAUAUCGUUCGUAACACUACUCAAGACCCUUUGUUUUUUGACUAAAGCUUAAGAGAAAUCCAGAACCCUCCACCUACCUAUAUAUGCCCACCCAGCCCACUUCUAACCUCUCUCCACUGAACACAUAUUAACUAACUGAACCCAUAUCAGCUAAAACUUCUGCUUCGAUCCCCACGAAUUAAAACGAAAUAAAAAGUACAAAUAUUCAACUGAAGGCAAACGCGAAACAACUAACGUACUCGUAAACUAUUACGAGUGUUUAAAGGAAUUUCGAAGAAAGGCGAAACGACUGCAAUUUAACUACAAGACCGAACGAACAUUAAUGGAAACAUCCAAUGGAUUGCUCGUAUUCCCCAGUCACAGAUCCGCUCAAUCACAAUAAAUAAUAUCACAAACCAAGAGAUAAAAUGGCGACAAGAGAUACAACAAAACCGAAAACGCUCUUAUGAUUUUUGUAAUGAAUGCAAACUAUAUA